CGGCCGCUGCGGGACUGAGGGGAGGCCGCCAUAACCCCUGCGCUGAGGGGAGGGUGACGCCCCACACUUUGAACCCUCCUCGCUUCCAGUCCGCCUGAGGGGAGCGACCGGCGGAGAGCCGUAGCCUCUCCCCGAGGAGGUGGUGGACGCCAAAGGGAGCUGCUUCUUCUUCCUCCUCCUCCUCUUAAGAUGGCGGCAGACUCCGUGGAACAGUUCCGCGUGGCCGAGGAGCGGAGCGGCCACUGCGCCGUGGUGGACGGGAACUUUCUCUAUGUGUGGGGGGGAUACGUGUCAAUUGAAGAAAAUGAAGUUUAUUUGCCUAAUGAUGAGCUCUGGAUCUAUGAAAUAGAUAGUGGGUUAUGGACAAUGCACCUAAUGGAAGGAGAGUUACCCACUUCCAUGUCAGGAAGCUGUGGGGCAAGCAUUAAUGGGAAGCUGUACAUAUUUGGUGGAUUUGAUGAUAAAGGAUACAGUAAUCGGCUUUAUUAUGUUAAUUUGCGAACAAAAAAUGGAACCUAUAGGUGGAAAAAAAUUACAAAUUUUAAAGGUCAACCUCCUACACCACGUGACAAGCUUUCCUGCUGGGUGUAUAAGGACAGGCUAAUAUAUUUUGGUGGCUAUGGCUGUAGGAAGCAUAAUGAACUGAGUGAUUGUUUUGAUGUCCAUGAUGCUUUUUGGGAAGGACAGAUAUUCUGGGGAUGGCACAAUGAUGUUCAUGUUUUUGAUACAACCACGCAAACUUGGUCUCAACCAGCAAUUAGAGGUGGAGAUCCACCUCAGCCUCGAGCAGCUCAUACAUGUGCUGUGCUGGGAAAUAAAGGUUACAUCUUCGGAGGACGAGUGCUGCAAACUAGGAUGAAUGAUUUGCACUGCCUGAAUUUAGACACUUGGACUUGGUCUGGAAGAAUUAGUAUCAGUGGAGAGAAACCACAAGAUCGGUCCUGGCACACGUUGACUGCUAUAGGAGAUGACAGACUUUUUCUUUUUGGUGGACUAAGUUCUGAUGAUGUUCCUUUAAGUGAUGGCUGGAUUCACAGCAUUACAACAAAUGGAUGGAAACAACUUACCCAUUUGCCUAAGAGUAGGCCUAGAUUGUGGCAUACAGCCUGCCUUGGAAAGGAAGGAGAAGUGAUGGUGUUUGGUGGAAGCAAAGAUGAUUUGCAUUUCAUGGACACAGGUCACUGCAGUGACUUGUUGAUAUUUCAGACUCAACCUUAUUCGCUUCUCAGGUUGUGUCUUGACUGCAUUGGUAAAAAUGAAGCUCUCCUAAAGAACCAAAUACCAUACUUGCCAUCCAGACUUCUGCAGCAAGUGCGGAAAAAAAUAACCUUCUGGGCUGCAGUUAACCACCGGCAAGAGAAAAAAGCUGAGACUGAGAGACAGAGUCAACUCAGCACCACUUGAACACUGGCAACAAACCUGUUGAACACUUGGGUUAUGGCAUACAGCACGGUCUUUAGUUGAUGAACUUUACUAAAGCUACAGAACAACUGUAUGUUAAGCUGAGUUUCUAAGUGAAGUUUGAGAACAAAGCAAUCCUUUUUAUGGAAAUCUUGUUCAUUUUCUGCAUUAUAGGAACCUGAUAAAACUUCGUUUAUAUAUAUUGUUAACUUCUGCUGUUAUGGUCUUAAUGAGACAGUCCAUACAACUUGUUCUUUUUGAAGGAGACAUGACACAAAAUGUUUUCAGUUGGAUAAAAUAAGGCUUAAGUCUAAAACUUUACAACAGCCUUAUUGCCUCAGCCUUUCUGAAGAGAUAAAGUUCGUUGAACACAGUACUUUUGGAGGAUUCAGUUGUCAGGCUUCAAAAAGGUGACUAAUUUCCUAACACCACUGAAUCGCAUUGUUCAGUUCCACCCAACUCUGUUAUAUGACCAUCCAGUCAAAUGGUGGAGCCAGACAUCUUGCUCCAAGUAGAAAAUCAGUAAGUUUAACUGUGGAACUUGAAGGAAAAGCUGCAACGUUCAGAAUUGCCUGUCACAUAGGAAAGUUUACAUGCAGUUUGUAACACAGUUUUACUCUUUCUGUAAUUGAGUCACUUUUUAAAUAGGUUGUAUAUUGUAUUUUGGAUGUGUAAAGUUUCUAUUUCAUUCUUGUUUAAAAAAUGCUUAUUUAUUGUUUAAAAAGAGCAUAUGUAGUACUUACUAUUUUUGUUUCAACUAUAUAGUUAACAGGAGCACAAUCAUUAAAAUUUUAUAGAGUUGACCCAA